AUGGGCCAACUACCUCUUUGUUGGGUCACUCCAUCGCGCCCGUUCACACACACUGGUGUGGACUACGCAGGACCGCUCACGCUGAAGACUUGGAAAGGCAGAGGAGCCAAGACGCCGAAAGGGUGGAUUUGUGUAUUCGUCUGCUUCGCAACAUCAGCUGUACACUUGGAAGUUGUCACCGUCUACUCAGCCGACGCGUUCAUCGCAGCCUAUCGCAGAUUCGCAGCAAGGAGAGGAACUGCAGCCUCUCUCUACUCAGAUUGCGGCACCAACUUCCAAGGAGCGGACGCGCAGUUAAAAAAGCAGUUCAAGGACAGCACACGCGAAAAUCAAGACAUCGCAGCUCUACUCGCCAAGGAUGGUACGCAGUGGCACUUCAACCCUCCUGCCGCUCCACACAUGGGUGGAAAAUGGGAGGCAGUGGUCAAGUCUCUCAAAUUCCAUCUGAAGAGGACGAUUGGAGAUGCUUUAUUGACGUUCGAGGAAUCAAUAACAUUGCUCGCGCAGAUCGAAGCCAUCCUCAAUUCAAGACCGGUGGAACCACUCAGCGAUGAUCCAGACGACAUAUCAGCCCUCUCACCAGGACAUUUCCUGAUCGGAUCGCAGAUUAACGCAGUGCCAGAGUCCACGCUUCUAGACGUCGCAGUCAACCGGUUAUCAAGAUGGCAAUUUCUUCAGCAGCGCCUCCAACAAUUUGGGAGACUCUGGUCCACGCAGUAUCUUCAACGACUCCAAGGAAAUGGCCCAUGGCACGGGGUUCUCAAACUCCUGCCAGGCAACGACGGAUUGACAAGAGUCGUUGAGCUCAAGACGGCCACCACGACGCUGACAAGGCCCAUCGCGAAGCUGGCCCGUCUUCAUCAGCCCUCUCAGGACAACUCGGACACGCAGACCACAUCAUCGACCAGUCGCUGA